UCGAAUUCCAUAAAUACCCUUUGAUUUGGUUUACAGUUCCACCUCAAGAAUCGAUUUCCCUUUCGUCAGCCGCUUUGCAUUUGUUUUUUUUUUUUUCUAAGGAAAAAUCUAUUUGGUUUCUUCAGUAACGGAAAAAAUGGUUUCCGACUUGGACCUCGUGACCCGACUCCGAGAAAUUCUCCGUAGCUCCGACCUACAAACGGCGACUCCGGCGAGCGUCCGUCGUCAGCUGGCGGCGGAUUUCGAUGUCGACUUGACGGAUAAGAAACGGUUCAUCACGGAUCAAAUCGAUGCUUUUCUCCAGAGCAAUGGCGGAGUAGAAAGCCCUAAGGCAGAAGAAGAAGACAUUAAUGCCGAUGAAAUGACUCAACCCAAGGCGGAAGCUGAAGGAGGCGACGUGGAGGAAGAAGACGACGGAGAUGGGAGUGAAAGCAAUGAAGAGAAGGAAGAACGGCCAGUAAAGGCCAAGAAACGAGCUGGUGGAUUUACCAAAGUAUGUCAGCUUUCUCCACAACUUGAGAAGUUUCUUGGAGAAUCUCAGUUAGCUCGAACUGAGGUUGUGAAGAAAAUGUGGGCCUAUAUACGAGAGAAAGAUUUGCAAGACCCAAAGGAUAGAAGGAAGAUAUUGUGUGACGAGUCGCUGCAUUUGCUGUUCCGUGUAAAGAGCAUUAAUAUGUUUCAGAUGAACAAGGCAUUGGCGAAGCAUAUUUGGCCCUUAGGUGAUGGAGAUGGUGAUGGAUCAGGGGAAAGGGAGAAAAACGAACAAGUGGAAGAGGAUGAUGAAGAAGGAAGUGGAGGGGAAGUUAGGAGUUUGCGGAAACGCAAGAGGAAGAAGCCAGCCAAGUCGGUGGAGAAGCCCAAGAGAAAAGGAGGAGGAGGCGGCUUUACCAAAGUUUGCAGCCUCUCGCCAAAGCUUCAGGCUUUUGCUGGUGUGGUAGAAUUAGCCAGGACAGAGGUUGUGAAAAUGCUCUGGAGGUACAUAAAGGAGAACAAUUUGCAAGAUCCGGAUGAUAGACGAACAAUAAUAUGCGACGAGUCAUUGCGAUCUCUGUUCGCUGUUGACUCCAUCAAUAUGUUUCAAAUGAGUAAACAGUUAAGCAAGCACAUAUGGCCUUUAGAGGAUAAUGCAGGGGAAUCAGUUGGCUCUAGCUCUCCAAAAAAUGGAAAGCAAAAAAUGGAAACAGACGGAGACACAGAGAGUGACGAGCCAAACGAGGAAGACAAAGAGCAGAAGAAGGAAGGUUGUGGUCUUCUUGCUCCCGUUCCACUUUCAGAUGCUCUUGUCAAGUUCUUGGGUAAUGGAGAAAGCUCUUUGUCGAGGGCAGAUGUGGUAAAGAGAUUGUGGGAGUACAUAAAACAGAAUGAUCUUCAGGAUCCUGCUGACAAACGGAGAGUCUUGUGCGACGAGAAGCUGAAAGAGCUAUUUGAAGUUGAUUCAUUCGAAGACAUAUCAGUCUCAAAACUUCUGACCAACCACUUCAUCAAGACCGAACAAUGACUUCUAAAAACUGCCUCUUUCUGGUAAAAGUUUUGACAUAGGCAAAAUUUUCAGUUCUCCAUCAGUAGAGGUCGGUUCAGGACUUGAAAUGCGGCAAAGCCAUGGCCUUCAGUGAUAAGGUUAACUAAGACUAAAAGGUAUCGGUUUUGAGAGUUGUAAGCAUGUCGUUUUCUGAAUUUGCUUGCAAGUGCACUCUUUUGGAGUUCUUUGAAACGAUGUUUUUUUUUUCUUUUGGUAUAUAGUGGCAAAACUAGAAUGAUAUUGUUUUGACCAAACUAAUUGUUUAAAUCAUUUCCUUCUUUUUUAAAUGAUAGACAGUAAAAGUACCAAAAACAAG